CUUUCUUAACCUUUCUCCCUGCGAUCUUCCCUUUGACCAUAGUGACAGAACGAACCAAUCGCCAAGCGGGCUGUUCACUAUCCCUGCCGUGCAGACCCAGACACGCCCACUCCCAGCCGUUCCGCCAACCAAAACCCCCACAGCUGACGCAGCCAUCCAAUCCGGUUGGCCGUACGCCGUUCCCUCAGCCACCCUUGGCUACGCCUCCUACCUGCCUAGGGCCUGUGACCAAUCGGAAUGCACCGUUGCACUUCCCGGCCAAUGGGAGCCCCUUUGGUGUGCCGUGGCACGGUAGCCGAGUUAUGCCAAACCAGGACCGGCGAACAGUUGCGUUUCCAGCAGCAAAUUGACAAACUGGCUUUAGGCUUUUGUUCUUCCCCUGCCUACUGAGAUACCAAUCUUUUCGUUUGACUUUAAAGUUUCUUUCUUUUUCUUUUAGCUCAUGGUCCAAGUUUAUUUUCCCGGUUGACGGAGGUUUUAAGUAAAGCUUGGAAGAUCCUACAUAUAUCAUUUUAUACCUCCCCCUAGUUUUAUUUGUGUUGUUCGUUACUAUUUAUUUUUUUCCUCCCCCGUUUAUUAAUUUUUUUUUUAGUUUUAAUUCACCCCCCCACCCCCCGAUAAGGUUUUACCUGACCAAGAUAGGCGGCUCGGGCACUAAGAUGUCGAACCGAGUGGUGUGCAGAGAAGCAAGUCACGCCGGCAGCUGGUACACCGCCUCAGGACCCCAGCUGAAUGCACAGCUAGAAGGCUGGCUAUCUCAGGCACAGUCCACAAAAAGACCAGCCAGAGCCAUAAUUGCACCGCACGCAGGGUAUACGUACUGCGGAGCUUGUGCUGCGCAUGCUUACAAACAGGUGGACCCCACCGUUACUCGAAGAGUUUUCAUCUUGGGACCUUCGCACCAUGUUCCCCUGUCUCGCUGUGCGCUCUCGCCUGCUGAGAUCUACAGAACGCCACUGUAUGACCUGAGGAUCGACCAAAAAGUGUAUGCUGACCUCUGGAAAACAGGAAUGUUUGAGCGCAUGAGUCUGCAGACAGACGAAGAUGAGCACAGUAUCGAAAUGCAUUUGCCUUACACAGCUAAAGCCAUGGAAAGCCAUAAAGAUGACUUUUCAAUUGUUCCGGUGCUGGUGGGGGCUUUGAGUGAAUCUAAGGAGCAGGAAUAUGGCAAACUUCUCAGUAAAUAUUUGGCCGAUCCAAGUAACCUGUUUGUGAUUUCUUCUGACUUCUGCCAUUGGGGACAACGUUUCCGCUACACGUAUUACGAUGAGUCCCAGGGGGAGAUCUACAGAUCUAUUGAGCACCUGGAUAAAAUGGGCAUGAGCAUUAUAGAACAAUUAGACCCUAUAUCCUUUAGUAACUACUUGAAGAAAUACCACAACACUAUCUGUGGACGUCAUCCUAUUGGUGUGUUGCUAAAUGCUGUAGCGGAGCUGAAGAAAAACGGAGUGGACAUGAAUUUUUCUUUCCUAAACUAUGCCCAGUCAAGCCAGUGCCGGAACUGGCAGGAUAGCUCUGUUAGUUAUGCAGCCGGAGCGCUGGUCGUCCAUUGAGACCACUGCACCUCAGGAAGCCAUACGUAGCGCCUGGCUCCGCCUCCUUCCCUUCUUCCACGCCCUCUCCCAGCCUUCCCUUCCGGAAAGACUCGGAUAGUUCAGAGUGCUCGGAUAUCUUAUAAUAUCUCCAAAAGCCACAGAAAAAAAAAAAACAUACGUAUGUAUAACCCCAGCCUUGGAUGUAUUGGUUACAAUAUCAUUUUUAUGUGUGCGCAAGUGUGUGUGUGUGUAGGGUUGUCAAAGGACUAAGGCUGGCAUACCAUGUGAGUGGUAGGUGUUUCUGAUUUAGGAGUGACAGAAAGGGGUUGCAGAGGCUUUGUGGCCCCUUUUAGCCCCUUUUCCCCAAGUUAAAAUAAAUUCUCACAUUUGCACUCUUUGCAGACAUGUGCACAUGUAUUUUGCUUGAAAGAUUAGGUCUGGAGGUAAAGGCAAAACAAAAGUGGGAGCUUUUAAAUAAUGAAACCAGACAAUACAUAUAUAGAUCCUAUAUACUAUUAGAAACUAUUAAAAGCAGUAUAGGUAGCUACUGCCGAUAUUGUACAGCGGGAACCUACUAUUGUAGUUGCUAAUAAAGGGCUACACUCGACCCAGUCCACUAACAUUUCUGCUGUACAAUCUAUACCAAAAAAGCAACUCCUGUUUUUUUAUUUUCUUAUUAGCCAAUUAAAAUUGUGAUUUCUGUCUCUGUCCUUUGCUGUUUUCUUUAUUUCCCGCUUUAACUGUCAUUAAUGUAAACAUUUUGGAACUCACAUAUGAUCAGUUGGCAGUGGUUAUCAUGACAGCUAUUAUGGUUGUCAGUGUAUUCUUGUACCCUUGCAAACGGCUCGCACCUUUUUCUGGGUGAAAACACAGAUUUGGCCUGGCUAUACCAUUAUAUGCGUCAUUGAAACUUUUUUCACCAGUGAGAUUUUUUCCCUCAUGGAAAGUAAUGCCUAUUUAUUUUACUUCCCCCGAGGAAAUUGCUGGGUAAAGUACAUUUUGCAUUUGUACACUUGCUGGUAAAAUUUGAACUAUAUAAAGUGACGUCACUUCUUGUUGUUUUUUAUGGUGCAAAUGUCAGAUCCUUAUUAGAAUACAAAUCCUUGGUAAUAAUUCCUUUCCAUCUUCCCUGAUUCAGACCUGGUAAAUUGAAUAGGCCUGAGUACUGCUGCAAGAUCUGUCCGUUUGAAGAGUUUCGGAUUGCUGAAUGAAUCUGGCUGAUAAAAGAAUAGGGGGAGUCUGCCAUUGAAUCAAAGAGCCUCUUGCCUCCAUGAGAAAAACUCUAGUACUCCGAUGCAGAGUUUGUAUUAUCUCAGGUUAAAUUAAGCACCCGGUAUGCUCUGCAGAUAUUCUUAAUAGCUCAUUACAAAUGUUUUAAAAAUUGAAGUAAAAUGCUGAAAUGCAUCAA